AUGGAGGACGCGCCUCGUACAAAGCUAUCCUCGUAUGUUACGCCAUAUGACGCUGUUCAGGCGCAGCCGGCCCAGCACGGCGCCACCGUCGUUCGCUCAGGCAGCUCCGCCACGGAGGGCGGAAGCAUUCUCUUCUUCAGCAGCGUCCAGAAAAAGGGCGGCGCCUUCACCGCCUCGGAGCGAGAGACGUACGCGCAGCUGCACCGUAGCCGCGCUAUCCCCAACGCCAACCGAGGCCGCAAUGCAGGGAACGUGAUGGGCAGCGGCGUGUCGGCCAAGUCCGUGGCGCGGCAAUACGCCGACUUGGAGAAGGGCCGCGAGGUGCUCGCAAUAUCGCAGGCAAAGAUCGCUGUGGCCGGCUCGAAGCGGUCGCGUUUUGCGCUGGACGACUCACCAAGCGAGGACGAUGAGGACGAUGAUGAUGUCGCUGACGCGGAGACCAAGGCAAAGUAA